UUGAAGAUGAAGAAAAGAGAAGACUUAGCUUAUACACCAUCUCAUCUGCAUAAUCAAAAGAUUCAAAACAAUAAUAACUGAUUCCCUUACCCCUUUUUCUUUUUGUUUUUUUAUUUCUUUUGGGUUUUCAGUUUCGCAAAGUACAACGUUUGCAAUAACAUCCCACGAAAGCAUGUCUUCAGUUUCUCUCGAAGGUUUUUUUUGUCGCUGAAACGAACUAGGCAGACAAUAUCGCAUAGUAACAGCUUUUGGAGUGGAACGCCUGAUUUGGUUUGGUGGGUCAAUUUCAAGUUUGGAUUUUUUUUUUUCUCUGAUCGAUUGAGAAGUUAAGAGUGUGCAGAGAGAAGAGACAGUGGGGGUUGAUUGGUGGGAAGGUUAUGGCUUUUUGCCCAAUCUUUUGUUGUGGAAAUGCUUCGGAUCGCAAAGGACGAGGGAAGAAACAACCUCCAUGGAGGGUGUUUUCUUUGAAGGAGUUACACUCGGCUACAAAUAAUUUCAACUAUGAUAACAAGCUUGGUGAAGGGGGAUUCGGUAGUGUGUACUGGGGCCAGCUUUGGGAUGGAUCGCAAAUUGCAGUGAAAAGAUUGAAGGUCUGGAGCAGCAAAGCAGACAUGGAAUUUGCUGUUGAAGUUGAGAUAUUGGCAAGAGUACGACACAAGAAUCUUCUUAGUCUACGUGGUUAUUGUGCUGAAGGUCAGGAACGGUUAAUCGUGUAUGACUAUAUGCCGAAUUUGAGCCUACUCUCUCAUCUUCAUGGACAGCACUCAACAGAAUGCCUUCUUGAUUGGAAUCGGCGGAUGAAUAUUGCAAUCGGUUCUGCUGAGGGAAUCGCAUAUCUUCACCACCAAGCAACGCCACAUAUCAUCCACAGAGAUGUUAAAGCAAGCAAUGUAUUGUUGGAUUCAGAUUUCCAGGCACAGGUUGCUGAUUUUGGUUUUGCCAAGUUGAUCCCUGAUGGGGCAACACAUGUGACUACAAGAGUUAAGGGCACCCUUGGCUACCUUGCACCAGAAUAUGCUAUGUUAGGUAAAGCAAAUGAGAGUUGUGAUGUCUACAGUUUUGGAAUUCUCCUUCUAGAACUUGCUAGUGGCAAAAAACCACUUGAAAAACUUAGUAAUGCAGCGAAACGAUCAAUAAAUGAUUGGGCACUGCCAUUGGCAUGUGAGAAGAAAUUUAGUGAACUUGCUGAUCCAAGACUUAAUGGCAACUAUGUGGAGCAAGAGCUUAAAAUAGUUAUUUUAGUUGCUCUCAUGUGUGCUCAGAGUCAGCCUGAGAAGAGACCAACCAUGCUUGAGGUGUUAGAGCUACUUAAGGGAGAAUCCAAAGAUAAGCUUUCUCAGUUGGAGAAUUAUGAACUCUUUAGAAACCCUCCAGCUGUAGGACAUGAUGAUGGGACAUCAGCUGCUGAAGGAAAUUCAGAUUUCAUCUCAGAAGAAAAGGAACCAAAACAUGAGUUGGAAGAGAAUACAAGGCCAUGAACUGUGCAAAAAAAGAUGGAACUACGGAUUUGAUAAGUUAAAUACAGAUUGUGAAGUUUUCAGGAUUGCUUUUUAUUAUUACUAUUAUUUUAUGAAGGAAACACUGAGCGCCUAUUUAUUAGAGCAGCGGGUGCAUGUUUUGCUACACUAUCAAUAUGGCUAUGAACCAUGCAAUAUUGCUGAAAGCCUGUGACUUGGGGUUUGAAAUGUUAAAUACAGA